AUGGGUGCGACCUCUCGUACGAAGCAGGGUCAAGAGGCCAUGACCGCGGCGGCCAACAUACCUGCCUUGGGCGAGGCUGUACUAGUCAUGCUCGAACGUCUCACAGAUAGCAAUUCGAACAGCGUCAAGCUUCAGUCCGCUUGCGCCCUCAAAGGAACCGUCGGCGCGAUUGGCGAUGACGAUGCUCUUGCCAGCUUUCUGCCUAGGAUAGUCUCGUCUUUGGCUAAAGUAUUGACUCCCCAUAGCAGUAUUCGACCCGGCUUUCGCGUUGUUGAGCAAGGCUUAGAAGUUCUUACAUCACUCGUUGUCCGUUUACUUGGCGAUGCCCAGACCAAAGAUUUACCCGAGACACUACUAUCAGAUGAGUCCGGCGGAUGCACCACAAUAUCUCGAUCAGUCGCUUGGCUACAGGCAACUGCAACCCAGAUAAAGAUUGCGCUUGCCAACAUCUUCAGAUUGAGAGAUCAUGAUAAGCAAGAGGUACGGCAAGCGCUCUUGAAUCUGUGUCUUUGCAUUGUAAGGGAUUGUCGUACAUCACUGUCUCUUUGCACAAGUAUGGCUAUCGAAACCAUGGUCGAUCUGGCAGGCCAUGAGACCCCAGGUGACACCACUGAGGACAAACUCAAAGGACUGUUAUCAGCAGAUCAGAACCUCUCCGAACUUUUACGCGAAAGUUUGCAUGGUUGGAUCGUCGCCUUGCCUAGAUUGAUGCAAUCAAAAGACGACCGUACCCGCCAUAAAAUCGUACAUCAGAUAUCGGUCUCGCUUCGCCUGUUCGAUGAUGAUCCAAUGAUUCUAGAUGAGCGGCUGGCCGAUAGUCUUCGUGAUGGCGUGUCUGCAGUAUUUAUCGAUGGCAGAGGGCUCGAAGAAAUAAACGACCGCAACACCAGUCUCAUCGCUGAUCGUACGCUGGUAUUUAGCUCGACAGAGUCGUCUUCUUUCCCACCAAUCAGUAUGCAAUUUAAAGGCCAGGAAGACAUGAUGACGGGGUUUAAAGUAUUAGUUCAAGAACUUGCACGUUCCAACUCUGCGUUGGCGGUUGUUCAGGGCCUGACUAACUCCGUCGAUCUUGGAGCGCCCGAGAUGCGCUUGGCGAGCUUCUGGCUCUCAGUCAAUCUAGUAAGAGACAUGGCAAAAGUUAAUCCAUCCGUCGAUGAUUUCAUGGAUCUGGGGACGCCAAACCCGAGGGAGGAAGUCUUGGAUGACUUGUACUCGCAUUCUCUGUCAUUGCUUAACCAGCGAACGCUCGAAACGGUAGCUUUGCAGGCGAAGCGGUACAAGACUGAGUUUCGCCCUGAGUUGAGUGAAGUACUUUAUCCGGUGCUGCAUUACCUUGGCAGUUCCAACAGCGCACUACGCGAGCAUGCCCUGACCUGUCUCAACAUAGUAGCGGGGGCUUCGGGAUACAAAGACGCAGGGGAGAUUGUUGUCAGUAAUGUCGAUUACAUUGUCAACGCAGUUGGCCUGAAAUUGGCAUAUGGCGAUGUGUCGCCUCAAGCACCACAAGUCCUACUCAUGAUGAUAAGGCUUUGUGGCCCAUCUCUCCUACCUUAUCUAGAUGACUUGGUGGAUAGCAUUUUCAAUGCUUUGGAGAGAUAUCAUGGCUAUCCUAAGCUUGUGGAGCUGCUUUUUAAUGUCUUGAAAGGCAUGGCGGAACAAGGUGUCAAGGCACCACAACUUGCCUUGUCAGUCGACAAUGAGAAAGAGGAACAUGUGCAUCUGAAGAGAAUGGUCAUCAUAAACGACGUCAUCGAAGCGAUCCAAAAGUUAGAGUUAGACGCACAAGAGCGGGAAGAGGAAGAGAAGCAAGCGUCAAAGGAGGCACUCCCACGAAAGCCCUGGAAAGCCGGAAAGAGUUCAGAAGAUACCGACUCUAAUGGCACGGACGAGGAGAACGGUCGACCGCCUCCACCGCAGACCGAGGAGCCUCCCCCUCCCGCCCCCCGUGCCUUUGCUAUACUCCUUAAGAUCUCCGAGUUGACACAGCACUAUCUCACCACCAUGUCGCCUAACCUCCGGAACUCGCUUCUAUCCCUCCUUCGUACCACUAUACCUGCUAUUGCAGGACACGAGAACUCACUCCUGCCCCUCAUCAAUACGCUCUGGCCUGCAUUGCUACCUCGUCUACAAGAUUCGGAAGCAUAUGUGGUAUCGAAUGCGCUCGAUAUCGUUGCAUUGAUGUGUGAACACGGAAAAGAUUUCAUGCGAAUUAGGAUCGAUAAUGCAUGGAACAUUACCAGGAAGGUCUACGAAACGCACUAGACAGAACGACGACUGCAACAGGAAAAGCAGCUCCAACCCAUAUCGCUGGAGAUCAAGGCUAUCGAGACUGGCCUGACGAGGCUCGCCGUGGACUCGCAGCCUA